AUGCAGGGCCUACAGGGCCUAAAUGACGAUGACAUGAAGAGGAUAGAGGAUCUUCAUAUCAGCAAGGGGCCUCCAGUACUCUAUCAGGGCUAUGUGGACGACUUCGCUCCUCCAACCGGUCCUCCUCCUGGGAGGCCACCGGCUAAUGGCAAUAUGACGAAAGAAUUUUAUGAGCCUUUGGCUCCACUGGACAAGAACAAGAAAGACAAGAAGUUCUGGGGCAUAUCGUCUGACAAUCUACUUGGCUUUGCCGCGGGCGCAGCGGUAGGGACUACAGUAGGUAGCGUGGUAGGCUACAAGGUUGGCAAGCGCAAAGGCAAGAAGGAGGAGAUGGAGAGAAUGGAGGAGAAUGAAGACGCGGGGAGCGUGGAUGGCGAGGACGACAGUGAAGGAGAAGACGCCGUUGAGGAAGAAAGCACAGCAUAUGCGGAGUACUCACACUUCAACGAGUGGCCGCUGCUGGAUGUCGACCGCGAGUGCGACAUUUGUGAUGAGACUAUCUUUGGGCCCUAUAUCCACUGCAAGAAAUGCAACGAUGGUGACUUCGAUAUGUGUCAGGGUUGCCUCUUUCAAGGAUUCGGCUGCAAA